GCUUGGAUUUACGGUACGUCCAUGAGGGUACCUCUCUUUGGCGCGACUGGGAUGAGGAUACACUGAGGGAAAACUGUCCCUCCAGAAACAAUUUUACGUCGAUCAAGCGCCUUAAUAUUCUGGAAAAUGGAUGCGGGAAAACUUGUAGAAGUGUUAAGGGCCACUCUGGACCCUAAUCAAAGAGAACAAGCCGAACAAAAACUGACAGAGGUUCACAAAAUCAUAGGAUUUAGUCCUAUUUUGCUGCAGGCAAUCAUGUCGGAUCAGCUUGACAUGCCAGUGAGACAAGCAGGUGUCAUUUACUUGAAAAACAUGGUGACCCAGUUUUGGCAAGACAGGGAGGUAGAAAAACCAGGUGACCCAGUUCCUUUUUCUAUCCAUGAAAACGACCGAGCUGCUGUCCGAGAACACGUAGUAGAGGCCAUUAUACAUGCCCCGGAUCCAGUCAGGGUUCAGCUGUGUGUGUGCAUCAGUCACAUUAUUAAGCAUGACUAUCCAGGACGCUGGCCCAAUGUCCCAGAGAAAAUCCUCUUAUACAUCCAGUCAGACAACCACACCACUUGGAUGGGAGCUUUAAUGUCGCUGUAUCAGAUGGUCAAAGUCUACGAGUACAAGAGACCAGACGAGAGAAAAAUUCUGGAUGAUGCUAUGAGAGUGAUUUUGCCAGUUGUGUACCAACGUCUUGUAAACUUCAUGCCAGAUGAAUCUGAAUAUUCUGUUCUUCUGCAAAAACAGAUCCUUAAAGUGUUUUAUGCAUUUGUUCAGAAUUAUCUUCCUCUGGAAGUGUUAACAAAAGACAUCUUCACCCUGUGGAUGGAGGCAGUACGACAGAUUGUGGAUAGACCCGUUCCAGAGCAAACCAAUCAAAUAGAUGUUGAUGAACGACCAGAACUAGCAUGGUGGAAGGUGAAGAAAUGGGCGGUCCACAUUUUGUCCAGAGUAUUUGAAAGAUAUGGAAGCCCAGGAAACAUUACCAAAGAAUACACACAAUUUUCAGAAUGGUACCUGAAAUCCUUUUCGGGAGGAAUUAUCCAGGUGUUGUUUAAAGUGUUGGACCAUUACAGACAGAAAACUUACGUGGCCCCAAGAGUUCUUCAACAGGCUAUCAACUAUCUGAAUCAGGGGGUUAGCCAUGCUUUCAGUUGGAAGUACAUGAAACCACACAUGCAGGGUAUAGUGCAGGAAGUGAUAUUCCCUCUGAUGUGUCACAGCGAUGAAGAUGAGGAACUCUGGAACACUGAUCCACAAGAGUAUAUCAGAAUUAAAUAUGAUGUGUUUGAGGAUUUCCUGUCACCUGUGAUUGCUGCCCAGACUUUGUUUUAUUCUGCUGCCUCCAAGCGCAAGGAAGUGUUACAGAAGGCCAUGGGAUUCUGUAUGCAGGUCCUGACUCAGGCCCAAGUCAAUCCCAGACAGAAGGACGGAGCCCUUCACAUGAUUGGAGCUGUUGCAGAGGUCCUUCUCAAGAGAAAGAUAUAUAAAGACCAGGCAGAAAUGCUGUUGGCCACACAUGUUUUCCCAGAAUUCAGCAGUGAACAUGGCUUCUUGAGAGCCAGGGCUGCAUGGGUGCUGAAACAUUUCUGUGAACUGAAGUUUAAGAAUGAACAAAAUUUGAAAACGUCUCUGGAAAUGGUGCGAAAUUGCUUGUGUUCAGACAAGGAACUUCCUGUUCGUGUGGAGGCUGCCGUAGCGCUGCAGGUUCUUCUGGUAGAACAGGAAAAAGCCAAAGACUACAUCCAACCCCAUGUCAAACCAAUUUGUUUAGAACUGUUGAAAGUAAUCCGAGAGACGGAGAAUGAUGACCUAACCAGUGUGAUGCAGAGAAUAGUGAUAACAUUUGACAGGGAGGUCACUCCGCUCGCUGUAGAAAUGAUGACACAUUUGGCUCAGACUUUUGCACAAGUGAUAGAAGCAGAUAUGGACAGUUCAGAAGAAAAGGCCAUUACUGCACUAGGUAUCCUAAAUACCAUGGAAACCAUUCUCAAUGUUAUGGAAAACCAAAAAGAGAUUUUGACCCAGUUAGAGGGCAUCGUGCUGAAUGUUAUAGGAGUCAUAUUACAGAAAAAUAUAAUGGACUUUUAUGAGGAGGUUUUAUCCCUGAUCUACAGUCUAACGAGUGCUCAGGUGUCUCAUCACAUGUGGCAAGUGUUUGGAAUGUUGUAUGAGAUGUUUCAGAAGGAUGGCAUCGACUACUUCACAGAUAUGAUGCCAGCUCUUCAUAAUUACAUCACCGUGGACACUCCAGCCUUCCUGUCCAGUCCUGAACAUAUACAAGUCAUAUAUAACAUGUGUAAACAGGUGAUGUCAGCAGAAAUUGGGGAGGAUGCUGAGUGCCAUGCUGCAAAACUGUUAGAGGUCAUCUUGUUACAAUGUCAUGGUCAAGUGGAUCAGGUGGUGCCAUCGUUUGUAGAUUUAGUGUUACAAAGACUCACUCGUGAAGUUCUGACAUCCGAAUUACGGACAAUGUGUUUACAAGUUGUGAUCGCGGCACUGUAUUAUAACACGCCUCUGUUACUGGACACGUUAAAUAAGUUAAAUAUAGACAAUGUCACAGGAUCUAUACUGGAACAAUUCUUAAAACAGUGGCUCCAUGAUGUGGACUGCUUUCUGGGGUUACAUGACAGAAAGAUUUGUGUGUUAGGUUUAUGUUCUUUAAUUAACAUGCCUGGAAACCGACCUACUGAAAUAAGCAACGUUGGUUCUCAGAUCUUACCUGCUUCUCUUGUGUUGUUCCAAGGACUGAAAAGAGCAUAUGCAAGUAAAGCUCAAGAGGAGAAUGAAGACAGUGAUGAUGAAGAUGAGGAUGAGGAUGAUGAAGGCAAUGAGGAACUUGGGAGCUCAGAGGAUGAAAUAGAUGAGGAGGGUGCCCAAUACAUAGAAAAAUUAGAAAAAGCAGCAAAUAAUGAAGAUGACGACAGUGAUGGGGAGUACACAGAUGACGGAACGGAAGAGACCGCGCUGGAGAGUUAUCAGACUCCACUGGACGAGGAUACCUGCGCUGUAGACGAGUACAUGAUCUUCAAAACUGUUGUACAAACCCUCCAGACCAGUGACCCAAACUGGUACAACUCCUUGAUCAGUCAGUUGACAGAGGAACAAAGAAAGGAAGUAGAGGAAGUGUUCAAGCUGGCCGAUCAGAGGAGUGCAGCAGCAGAGUCCAGGAAGAUUGAAGAAAGGGGUGGAUAUGUAUUUCAUCAGACGAGUGUGCCAGCAAGUUUCGAAUUUGGAUCUUAACCAUGGUUUAAUUACAACAGUGUAACUCCUGGUACAUAUCUCCCAAUAUGUGAUGAAGAUUUUAAAGCCAGUGUUACAGGCACGCUUUCUGAAAUUGAAGGCAAAAUGUGUUGAAUUUUUCAGGAAUUGUUGUCUGUAGUGAAAUUCAACUAAAGUAUUCUCUUACUUUAGUUUUAAAUUUCUUUGCAUGUGUUUUUGAUUCAAACUUUCAUGCCAUUUUCCGUUCAUGAAAAAGCUUUUUGUGAAAUGCAUCCUUGUGAUGUGAACUUCAGUUUUAAACUGAGAAAAACGGGUUGUUUUCAUCUGCUUCAUAUUCUGUCUGCUAUUUGAGGAGUGCUAAAGUGUUUCCCUGACUGAAAUAGUGCCGAGUUAUUAUUUAUACGUCUACUACUGGACUAACACAUCACCAAGAAAAUCAGAGACAGAAGAUAAAACUACCAAGAUAACCUUUCCAUUUAUGUGUAUAUUUAUAACUGUAAAUUAUAAAGAACUUGUAUAGUAAUUUAAAUACUGAACAGAGAUUUCCCUUUACAUUAUGGCUUGUAUUGGCAAAAAUUAUGUUGGUUUUUUUUUGUUGAUGCUAUAUAGAUCCAGGAAAAAGUUUUGUUCUAUCAUGACAACAGUGUUAUGUGUGUGUUAGAGACUGGAGAUGUAAAGAAAUAAUGUGCGUGUAUGUGCAGUUCCUCUGUGUAUGUUCAACAACAAAUAAAACCACUGAGAAGUUCACAGAAAGAGAUUCAGUAUGUUAUAACCAAUUCUAUGUAUUGUCCGUCUUGUUUUGUUUUAUUUUUGUUCCAUAAUUUGUUACAGCAUUCCAAGAGUUCUCUAUAAUACUGCACAUAAAUACAGAUGGAAUUGUUCCAUAUCGAGAAAAUCUACUAAAAAUUAUUGAUUCAGCAUCCUUCUCUGUAGUUUAAACUAAUCUUUGUUGUACAUGUAGAAAUUGAACAGAAGUUAUGAUAAUUUCUGAUUUAUAAGAUUUUGCCAAAAAUAAGGUAGAUGUGAUUAUAAUGUGUACAUAUAGGCAGUAGCUCAAAUUAUUUUGUGUAAGUAUUAAUGCAUAAUAGUGUUGUAGGAAGGAAAAAAAUAAGAUUGGAAAUCAAAAAAAUAUGUCCCAACAUAUGUAGCUACAAUUUGUGGAUUCAAUUUCAGAUGCAGUCUUACAGAGUGUGAAACAAAACCUAGUGAAUUAAACCUGUGGUACAUGUGUAAUGUUUAUUUCCAGUAUUUUCUUGUAUUUGCUCAUAAUAACAACAUAAAGAGUAAACCUUCCCACAGCACUGAAUAUGCUGAUUGUGCAAUAUAUAUGUGUGUGUGCGAGGGUCGUGUGCUUACUCCAAAAAACUAACAAAGUAUAACCUAUUAGCCUUCUACCGUGUUCUAGUCUUAAGUGUUAUCAAACAAGCUGUUGGAAAACUGCUGUCAUUAAAUUUAUACUAUAAGCUUUUUACGCCAUGAUGUGGCUUGUCCUUUUGUGGGAAUUUAGUUUGUUCAAAAUCAGUAGCCAGAAGCUGUCAAAUUCAUUGUAAUUGACAAGAAAAUGGCAAAUUUAGUGUUCUUAGAUUAUCCUUUUUUGGUUGCAAAUGUGAUUGGAGUUAUUGAGAACACCAGUCCACACGCGAGAUAUGGAAAGGUGGACCAUGGUACCCAUUCAAUCCAAAUGUAUUACCUAAAAAGAAAUAGUUGGAAAGGCAAGCAAAUACAGUGAAAGAAAUCCUUUACAGAUUGUUUUGUGUUAUCUUUAGAUCUGUUUGUUGCACAGAUUGUGAAGUGAAACAAGUAAUAAAUGGCUUUUUGUAUGGUUAGUAUGAACUCCUAAGCUGUAAAAGUAGUCAACACAUUUUUAAUUGUUGAUGUAACCACAGGCACUCGACGUUUUAAAUAUCUAUAAUUAAAAAAAUUGUCUUCCUGUAAACAUAAUAUUAUGUUUACGGGAAGACAAUUUUUUUUUUAUUAUAGAUAUUUAAAACGUCGAGUGCCUGUGGAUGUAACAUGCUUCUCACCUGCACGUUGGCUCUGACAUUUGCUAUUGUUUUUGCAUUUUUAAAUUUUUUUUUUUUUUUUUUAAAUUAAGGAAUUUCUUUUAGUGAAGGUAAAUUUAGUUUGCUUAUUGUGUUGACUGGAAUCUAUGUAAGGUGAUCCGUUGUUUAGCACACUAAUGGAAUACGGUAUGUCUAACGUACAGGUCUGCAUUUUAUUACAAAAUUGUAUUUAAAACAAAAAUUCAUAUUGGAGAUAGUGUAAAAAUGCUAUAUUUUUAGAUAUUUAGAUUUCAUGAGGCAAAAUUAUUUAUCAUGUUUCACAUAAAUUCAUGUUCAAUAAAUCUUGACUGAAAAAUGAAA